AAAGGCCGUUGAUACCAUUAUACUAGUAUCUGGUAAAAACUCAAAAUGCGAUGUACAUUGAUUGUUUGCUUUUUAUUUUUUGCUCUCAUUGGAAGCACGUGUGUUCAGAGCGUUGAAGCUGACUCGGCGUGCAUAGCGGCCAGCGGCAACUGUCAGGAGGAUUCGCUUCAAUGUUCCGGAAGUUAUCAGAGCGGGUUGUGUUCCGGCUCAGCCACCAGAAGAUGCUGUAUCCCCUCUGCUGACUCGGCGUGCAUAGCGGCCAGCGGCAACUGUCAGGAGGACUCGCUUCAGUGUUCCGGAAGUUAUCAGAGCGGGUUGUGUUCCGGCUCAGCCACCAGGAGAUGCUGUGUCCCCGCUGCUGGCGACGCGGCGUGCACAGCGACCAGCGGCAACUGUCAGGAGGACUCGCUUCAGUGUUCCGGAAGUUACGUGAGCGGGUUGUGUUCCGGCUCAGCCAACAGGAGAUGCUGUGUCCCUUCUGGAAGCGCCUCUUGCUCAAACCUCUACAUCACGCGGAGCGAAUGGAACGCCCGGGACGCCACGUCACAAACUACCUUGCAGACGCCCGUGAGCAAAGUAUUCAUCCACCACACCGACACGCCCACGUGCACGGAUAUGGCGUCAUGUAAAACACGUGUCCGGUCUAUACAGAACUACCAUAUGGAUAGCAACGGUUGGAAUGAUAUCGGCUACAGCUUCCUGGUCGGAGAGGACGGUAACGUCUACGAGGGUCGUGGUUGGAGCAAUGUUGGGGCCCAUACACAAAACUUUAACAACAUCGCCUACGGUGUGGCAAUGAUCGGCAGCUACGGUUCCCGGCUACCCAACGCCAACGCUCUUACUGCGGUCAAGAACCUGAUCGCAUGCGGUAUUCAGCUGGGUAAAAUACAAUCAAGUUACCAGUUAUAUGGCCAUCGAGACGCUGGGCAGACCUCGUGUCCCGGAAACCAACUGUACGCUGAGAUACAAACAUGGCCGAACUACAGCAACGCCACCCCAUGAGGAUUUCAAUACCGCGCAUAUAUACAUGAGAUGAUAGCAAUUAUGACUUGAAAAUAAAACUAAUACGAAAUAUA